CAAAUCACAAAAGUAUUUGUAAAAAUAAAAGACAACGUUAAAAAAACCGAGUGACGGACUAGGAUAGUCUUGUUUUUUUAUCUGUAUAUAUCUUUUGUUGUUGUCAAUUAAACUAGCAAAAAGUAUCUCAAAUUCCCGAGGACGAAUUCGAAAUAUAAAGAGAACAAACCCCAAAAUCAAACACAACCAUCCAUCGAUUGCAACGAAACGAAUGCAUCACAAAAUUUGGUCAGGAUAACAAAAUAUCAAAAAAUACAAAUACAAAACAAAAAACAACAUGAAAAAAGGACAAAAUCUACAAAAGAAGAAAUCAAUUUCGCAUCCCCGACGGCAUAUCGAGGACCUGCCCUUCUAUCGAUUUGAAUACCAACCGGAUGAUUUGCCACUGGAUCCGGCCAAAGGAUUCCUCAUUGAAAAAAUCUCAAGGAUGCAAGAGGACUCAAUUGUUGGGAAGUGCAAUGUUGAAAUGAAUUUUCAUUCAUAUAAAAGAAUUUUCAAUGUCCCACCAUCGAAUGGGUGGGAUAAAAAUGAUGACGAUGAUGAUGGUGAUGGUGAUGAGGAUGGUGAUGGUGAUGGUGGUAGCAGCAUCAGCAUCAGCGAUGAAAGUUGUAAAGGAGGUGGAGGUAGAAAAUUGUGGCAAGUUGUAUUUGAUGGUAGACAGAGUGUCGAUGGUGAUGACAGCGGAAAAAGAGAACUUGGGAGUGGAAGAAGUAUUGUUGUUGAGAAUGACGAACGACGAAGUACUUCAAUUAUGGAACACAAUUAUGAGAAGAGCAUCAGCAAUGAGGACGAAAUGGAAAUUGACAUCGAAGAUAUUGUUUUGCCGAGAAAAUUCGAUUUAAUUAAGGAUCAAACAAUACGAACGUAUUCAUUUGGGACGUCAGCAGAUAAUGAUCGUUACCCGUGGCUAGAUGACCAAUAUCCUGAUGGACCUAGUGAAGAGCGAGUCUUUAAAAUAACCAAUGAGAUAUUAAGAUUAUAUCGCAAUAGAAGAGUAAGAGUUUUUCACGAUAAUGUAAGGACCAAAUUUCCGCUACUUUCCAAUGAGCUUCUACAGUUACAUAGAGGAGCAAUGGAUACUAUUGGUUGUUUUUAUAGCCCAUUGGCAAGAAAUCUGAGACUUCCAGCAAUUGGAAAACGAACAAAAGUGGAGAGAUUUAAAGCUGGAGAUCAUUAUGCUUUGAGAACACCUAAAGAACUCAAGGCAGAACUUGAAAGAGUAGGUAAUAUUAUUGACAAGCUAAUUGAGCCUGUCGUCAAAAAAGCCAAACUUGAAGAAGCUAGAAGAAAAAGUAUACAAAAUUCCACUACUACACCAUUAAAAUGCUACCCGAGGGAAACGAGUUUAAAAACUAGUACAAAGGUGAAACCAAAGCGAAGGAUUUCACUAUCCACGGAAGAGUUUAUGAAAAGCUUGAAGCAAAAAGACCAAGAAAGCUACAAGUACAAGGAAGGAUUCCUGCCAGUUGAUCCUGAGGAACAAAAAAGUGCAAUUUUUAAAAGCUAUCAAGAUGAAAUAAACAAAACAUUGCCAAAGUUCACUAUCAGAGUUCAAAAGCGAGCUAUGAGUUUAAUGGAUAACUUGUCCGUGAAUCACCUCGAGAUUUAUCCGUCAAAAUUGAUCAAGAAACUUUUACCGAAAAUCAGUGCCAAGGUAUCGUAUCUUCAUGAGGCCUAUAAGUUCAUACUCAAAGAAGAGAAACUUUGGCCACAUGUGUAUCCUGAAGUUAUCCUAAUGGAUUACCUGUUCAAUUCCGAUCAUCGUGUUCAACAAGAUGCUGCAAUUUUAAUUAUAUCUUGUCUAAUAGAUCUCCAAGAGGAUUUCCGGUAUCAUGUGAAACGUGCUUUCUUGCGCUAUAUCCUAAAAUCAGAAUUCGAAAGAAAGAAACUUCAACUUGAAAUUGAACCGCCUGAGUUUCCUAUAAUGACGAUAAGAGCUCCAAUACCAUGGAAGGCUUUUGUACAAAUAGCCCGUAAUCGCCUAGAUCAAGUUCUAAUGAUCAAUCAUCCUGUCUUGGAGGGCUUAAAUGUCUUAUGGCAUCAACUUUACAAUGACAUCUUAAUAUUGGACAUGUCAAAGUUAUACUCACAUAAAAUUCCCCUAAAUGCUGAUGAAAUAUUGGAAUUUGUACGAAAUAAUUGUUUAGCUGCUCGUGAUAUUCUUCUAAAUGACUGGCUACCUCGUGCUGCUGAUAUGGUUGAUGCAAUGAAGAAAACUUGGAAAAAUUUCAUCCCAAUGAAUAGUCCUUGCAAGGGGAGAGCUGGGAUAUUUUUCAAAUGCAUACACUCAUUGAUGUCCUUACAGCUAAGAGGACUACUUCAACGAAGUAUUGAACAUCUGUUUAAAGCUUUAAAGAGUUACAAGGAUGGAAAUAAAAUCGAAGAGUAUGACAUAUUUCACCCUAAGUUAAAACAACGUCCAUUUAUGACUAUUAUCGUAUCAGUGGUUGGCAAGCAUUUUGAGCCAAUCAUCGAUUUAGAAACACGAAGCAUAUCGACUAUAUACAAGAUUGACUCAUCAGAUCCACAGUUAUUUCAACCAGAAUUGAAGGAGAACACAAUGUGUUUCGAAACAUAUUUUCCAGCAGAUUUCAUUCUUAAACACGAGGGGAGAAUGUUCGUUUAUCCUUAUAUGCGGGAAUUACCGGACUUAUUUAUUGGUUUCAUCAGGAGUAUACUUCGAGUGGGCUAUGAAAUUCCACGUCUCGAAUAUUUGAUGUCACAAGACGAGGACGAAUUUGGAUACCUUCAUUGCAUCCAUGAAACCCAUAUUGAUAUGCUGCGGCUUUAUGAAGAUGUCCGUGAAAUUGUCGAAGCCAAUUGGACCGGACCCACUGUCUACCUUUAUCCGAUAUACGAAUACUAUUUUCCGCUGUUGACAGGCAAAAUGUUGUCUAUUGCCGAGAAGGUUUUCGCGCAGCAUACAAUCCCAGAAUUGCCGGCAAUUGAAGAUUUAAUGGGCAAAUUAAAGGAGCUCGUCGAGGGUACUUAUUUUCUCAAGGAUUUCGUAUCGCUGAAUAUGUUUAUGUUGGAUAAUAGGCAUGUAAAUCAGGCUCUGGGGAUGCUCGUGCAGGAUGUUAUUGAUUUUAUAGCAAAUUAUUUUAUGACGUUAAAUUUAAACGAAAACAGAAGAAUAUGCGACGAACUAGAAGAGAUGUCCAUAAAGGCUGGCGAACGUCCCGAGGAAACUGCCGAAGUGGUCGCAUUGCAAAACUACUUAGCCGAAUGCCGGGACGAGAGGAUAUUCAAAAUAAAGGAUGACAUUAAAGUUGUGUCCAAGCGAGUGCUCUUCCUUCUGCAAUAUACCAAUUUGAAUAGUGAUGAUAUCCGGCUGAACACCAGGACAUUCCUUUUGCCAUCUGAAUUGGAAUUAGUGUUGGAUUUAAGUGCGGCACGGCUAAAUGUCGUUCGGGAUAAUCUAGAGGUAGCAUUGCGUGAAAAACGAGCCUUGUUUGAGAAAUAUAUUGCCUCGCAGAAAAUUCGAAUGGACGCCUUUAGGUUGAAGGAAACACAUGAUAUCCUUUCGUUGGAAGAAUUGCAAGAGAAAGUAGACAUCGUGAAUGAAUUGUAUGACACAUUGGAAAAAUGCAGUAAGGAAGCUAAGGCGAUAAAUGUAGAGGAGGGUCUUCUUCAGAUAGACGUUUCGGUGUUUCCAAAACUGGCUGAUACCAUAGAAAAAAUGGAACCUAUUGAAAAGCUAUGGAAGACGGCCUUUGAAUUCGAGAAGAACCAUGAUAUAUGGAUGUAUGGACCUUUUGAAAGCCUAAAUGCAGAUGUCAUUCGUGAUGAAGUUGAUAACAUGCACAAGAUCAUCUACAAGCUAACUAGACAACUAGCCAGCAAUGCUGUGGCAAAAAGAGCCGCCGAACAAAUCCGCGUCAAAUUGGACAAAUUCAAAGUUUUCAUUCCAGCACUGGAUGCAAUAUGUCGCCAGGGACUAGAGCAACGUCAUUGGGAUCUUAUUUCAGAAAAACUAGGCAAACCCUGCAAUCCAUCGUUGUAUCCAUCGUUGAAGGACAUGAUAGAUGUCAACAUCAUGAGCAUCCUUCCUGCAUUGGAGGAAGUUGCAAAUUCAGCUGGCAAGGAAUUUGAGUUGAACAGCCAUUUGGUGGCAAUGCAACGCGAAUGGGAGGGUGUCAAAUUCGAGGUGAUACAAUACCGCGACUCGGAUACUCACAUCCUGGCCGCACUCGAUGACAUACAAACCAUUCUCGAUGAUCAAGUGAUGAAGUCACAGGCUAUGCGACGUUCGCCAUUUAUUGUCGCACUUGGCACCAAAGCGGAUGAUUGGGAGGCAAAACUUGUGACAAUGUUAGACGUAAUGGAUGCAUGGACUCAGGUUCAAGCCACUUGGAUGUAUUUGGAGCCAAUUUUCAGCUCCGAAGAUAUAAUGCGACAAAUGCCAGUCGAGGGGAGAAACUUCAAAUCGGUAGAUAAAAUCUGGCGCAAGGUCAUGAAGCACACUUACCAACAUCCGGGAGUCAUUGUGGCAACUGAUUAUCCAAAUCUAUUGCAAGUUUUCAGAAAAGCACUCGAGGAACUUGAGUGUGUGCAAAAGGGAUUAAAUACAUACUUGGAGCAAAAACGUUUGUUCUUUGCAAGAUUCUUCUUCCUUUCGAACGAUGAACUGCUGGAGAUUUUAUCAGAGACCAAGGAUCCACUGAGGGUGCAACCACAUUUGAAAAAGUGCUUUGAAGGGAUUGAUUGCCUUAACUUUGACGAUGUUUUGGAAAUCACUGCUAUGGUAUCAGCUGAAGGAGAAGUUGUGAAAUUAACUCGAAAAAUUAAUCCUCAAUUAGCUAACGGUCUCGUUGAAAUGUGGCUUAAAGAAGUGGAAACUGUUAUGCUUGAAAGUGUUCAGGAACAAAUGAAAUUCGCAUGGGAGGAUUAUUAUCAAAUUGAAAGAAAAUCUUGGGUUACUGCUUGGCCAGGCCAAGUGGUGCAAGGUAUUUCAUGUUUGGCAUGGACUUAUGAGGUGGAAGAAGCUAUCGAAGCUGCUGAUAUUCCAGGAUAUUUGAAUAAGAGCAAUUCUCAAAUAGGAGACCUGGUUCGUUUGGUGCGAACUGAAUUAACAACAGGUGCUCGAAUAACCAUAGAAGCAUUAAUUGUUUUGGACGUUCAUGCCCGUGAUGUUGUCAAAUAUAUGAUUGACCAGAACGUUACUACUGUCACUGAAUUCGAUUGGAUUUCACAAUUGCGUUACUAUUGGAAAGUGGAAAAUAAAGUGGAGUAUAUUGGAGUUUCUAUGGUUGUAACUGAGGUAAAAUAUGGAAUGGAGUAUCUAGGAAAUAUAUCACGUUUGGUUGUUACACCUCUCACUGACCGAUGUUACAGGACAUUAAUGGGUGCUUUAAAACUAUGCUUAGGAGGUGCACCUGAAGGUCCAGCUGGUACAGGCAAGACUGAGACAUGUAAGGAUCUGGCUAAAUCUGUUGCAAAGAAAUGUGUCGUUUUCAAUUGUUCAGAUGGUUUGGACUAUAAGGCUCUUGGGAAGUUUUUUAAGGGUCUAGCCCAGUCUGGAGCUUGGGCAUGCUUCGACGAAUUCAAUAGAAUCGAACUGGAAGUAUUGUCUGUCGUUGCUCAACAAAUCCUAACUAUACAACGGGCCAUUGCCAGGAGAGUAGUAAAAUUCUUCUUCGAAGACACAAUGUUGAAAUUGGAUCCAACUUGCUCCAUAUUUAUUACAAUGAACCCCGGGUAUGCUGGACGCACGGAACUUCCGGACAAUUUGAAGGUCCUCUUCCGGACGGUGGCUAUGAUGGUACCUGACUAUGCAAUGAUUGGUGAAAUCACUUUAUAUUCGAAUGGAUUCGAUGAUGCACGUCCGUUGGCCCAGAAAAUCGUGCACACGUACAAGCUGUGCUCUGAACAGUUAUCCUCUCAAUCGCACUAUGACUAUGGUAUGCGAGCCGUGAAAUCUGUGCUUUUGGCAUCUGCAUCGUUACGACGAAUGCAUCCCAAUUUACCCGAAGCACAAAUUGUCCUGCGAGCCAUUGUCGAUGUUAACCUGCCAAAAUUUCUCGAGCAAGAUGUCUCUCUGUUCGUUGGCAUUUACACGGAUCUAUUCCCAGGUGUGGAUUUGCCUGAGCCUUCACGAGAUGAUCUCCUCAAAUGGAUGAGGAAAGUUUUAGAGGAGCGUAAUCUACAAGCAACACCAUGGUAUGUCGAGAAGAUUUUACAAAUUUACGAAAUGUUACUGGUGCGACACGGUCUUAUGAUUGUAGGCGGACCAAUGGGUGGUAAAACAACAGCAUAUCAAGUCCUUGCACAAGCAAUGAAAUGUGUUAGCACGGACAAAGAGUCUACACUCGUUGAAUAUCCCGUCAAUUAUCGUAUAAUAAACCCCAAAGCCAUAACAAUGGGCCAACUAUACGGCUGUUUCGAUGCCAUUUCACACGAAUGGACCGAUGGUGUGCUAGCGAAAACUUUUCGUGAAAUGGCCAAUGCAUCGUCCUCAUCAUCGUCGCAGAAGGAACGUCAUUGGGUGCUCUUUGAUGGCCCAGUGGAUGCGGUUUGGAUAGAAAAUCUUAACACCGUCCUCGAUGAUAAUAAAAAACUCUGCCUCAUGUCCGGCGAAAUAGUUCAGAUGACCAAAAUGAUGAACAUGAUAUUCGAACCGGCUGACCUGGAACAAGCCUCACCCGCAACAGUAUCGCGUUGCGGAAUGAUCUAUAUGGAACCAGCUCAGUUAGGCUGGCGUGUUUUUCACCAAAGUUUCUCGCAAGUCCUCGAAACAACACAGGGACUGAGUGACAUCUAUAUGGCAUUGUACGAGGACCUAGUAAAUUGGUUGGUACCAGCGGCUCUGGAGGUAUUGCAAGAGUGCAAAUCAAUGCUGGAGACCACCCCGAUAUAUCAAUAUACGAUGCUCUCAAGAUUCUUCCUGCAGUUCCUGGAAGAGAAAAAUCAGGCAUACAAUCAAAUAUGGUUCCAGCAGACUUUUCUAUUUAGUUUUGCCUGGUCAUAUGGAUCAGCACUAACAGUUGAAGGCCAAAAACAUUUCGACAGUUUAAUCAGAAAAGUUUUAUAUGGCUCCAAUGAGGACCAUCCAAGGCCAAAGUAUUUCUCUUUAAAUCGUGGUCAAAUGUUUCCUGAGAAACUUUCACUAAUGGAUUAUCGUUUCGAUGGUACUGAAAAUUGGUGGCCAUGGCAACGACAAGAAGAUACAACAUUUCCAUUAUCAUCGCAAGGUGGUGCUGUUCAAAUCAGUGAUAUAAUUGUACCAACUAAAGAAACUGGCUAUAUUAAUUAUUGGUUGGAUUUUUGUAUUGGACGUAAGUUAAUGCCAUUUAUGGUAAUUGGGCCAACUGGUACUGGGAAAAGUGCCAUAAUUACACAUAAUCUAUUGGCAUUGCCAAAACAUGCACAUAUGGUGAAUGUGGUGAAUUUUUCAGCUCGAACAAGUGCACAAUUGGUUCAAGAAACAGUAAUGGCAAAAUUGGACAGAAGGAGAAAAGGUGUUUUCGGACCGCCAAUCGGUAAAAAGUGCCUUGUAUUUUGUGAUGACGUUGGAAUGCCAUCAAAAGACACUUACGGCUCUCAACCACCCUUAGAACUGGUACGACAAUGGUUGGACCAUGGCUAUUGGUCAGAUCUAGAUGACACAUCCAAACUGGAACUGAUUGAUGUGGGAUUCAUCGGAGCAAUGGGCCUAGUUGGUGGAAGCAAUUUCAUUUUCCCACGCUUCUAUCGCCAUACAUUUGUGGUUGCAGUAGACGCUUUCGAAGAUUCCACAAUCACAAAAAUAUUCACAACAAUUGGCGACUGGCACUUCGCCAAGGACUAUACAGAUAAAGUGGCACUCCUCUCGAAAGGUCUGGCAGAGGCAAUGGUCAACAUUUAUCGCCAAGCAAUUUCGGUAUUUCUGCCAACUCCGGCCAAAUCGCAUUACACCUUCUCGCUACGUGACAUAACUCGUGUAUUCACUGGCAUUGUCCUGGUGCCGGCUAAAAGGCUUCCCGAUCCCGAGAAACUAGGCCGUCUGUGGGCGCACGAAACCUAUCGGGUUUUUUAUGACCGCUUAAUCGAACAACGGGACCGCGAACUGUUAUUGGAAAUGGCACGUAACUCCUGUAAGGCCCAUCUGCGUUUCAGUCUCGAACAAGCCAUGGAGGAGCGCAUCGAAAAAGGUGCCAAACUGACAGACGAUGAUUUACGUAAUUUAUUUUUCGGAAACUACAUGGAACCAGACGCCGAUCCGAAAAUCUACGACGAAAUCGAGAGCUAUGACAAAUUGGAAAAGGUCAUGCAAUACUAUCUGAAGGAAUACAAUGCGUUUUCGAAUACACCAAUGGAUUUGGUGUUGUUUCGAUUUGCUAUCGAACAUAUUUCCAGGGUUUCACGAAUUCUCCAAAUGCCACGGGGCAAUAUUUUAAUGGUUGGCAUGGGUGGUUCUGGACGACGGAGUGCAGCUAAAUUGGCUGCACAUAUUGCCGAUGCAAAACUGAUGACCGUUCAAGUGACAAAAACCUAUUCGAUGGCCGAUUGGAGGGACGAUUUGAGAAAAAUUCUAAUGACGGCUGGCUUUAAUUUAAAUCAUACGGUCUUCUUGUUUUCCGAUUCUCAGGCAGUGGAUGAGGGUUAUGUCGAGGACAUCAAUGGAAUAUUAAACACCGGAGACCUUCCCAAUCUCUAUCAGUCCGAGGAUAAGGCAGCAAUUAUGGAAAAUAUGACAAACAUCGCCAAGCAAAUGUCUCGAGAUAUAGAUCCUUCACCAAUUGAAAUGUACGGAUAUUUCAUAGAGAGAGUACGUGAGCAACUGCAUGUGGCAUUAGCCUUUUCUCCAAUUGGGGAUUCCUUUAAGGAACGUCUAAGAAUGUAUCCAUCUUUGAUCAACUGUUGCACUAUUGACUGGUAUAUGCCAUGGCCAGUGGAUGCUUUGGUACGUGUUGCUGAAUAUUUCAUCAGUUCGAUGAAUCUCAAUAAAGCCGAAGAAGAGGAUGCAUCUGUAGAUGAAUUACCUCAUACGCCACGAGCCAGUCAGGAUAGUAUUGCCCAGGAAAGUAAGAUUACCCUGUCGGAGCAGGAACUGAAUCUGGUUCAGAUGGUGAUGUAUUUUAAUGUAUCAGUUGUUGAUGCAAGUGAAAAAUGUUUCAGAGAAUUAGGACGAAGAAAUUAUGUAACACCAACAUCAUAUCUGGAAAUGCUGAAGGCAUUUAAAAGUUUUUAUAAUAAGAAAUUAGAUGAAAUCACUCAACUACGAGAUAGAUACACUAUUGGUUUGGAAAAACUAGACUUUGCUGCCAGUCAAGUUGGUGAAAUGCAAGCGAAUUUAUAUGAUUUACAACCAAAGUUGAAAGUUCUUUCCGAAGAAACUGAAAAAAUUAUGGUAAAUAUCGAACGUGAAACAGCUGAAGCUGAAAAGAAAAAAGAAGUUGUUGGUGCUGAUGAGGCUGCAGCUAAUGAAGCUGCUGCUGCAGCACAAGCUAUUAAAGAUGAUUGUGAAAGUGAUUUACAAGAAGCUAUACCAGCUAUGGAAGCAGCAUUAGAAGCUUUGAAUACUUUGAAGCCAGCUGAUAUUUAUGUUGUGAAGUCAAUGAAGAAUCCUCCGUAUGGUGUUAAGUUGGUGUUGGAAGCAGUUUGUGUUAUAAAAGGCAUUAAACCGGAUAGAAAACCAGAUCCAAGUGGCCGAAUGGUGGAAGACUACUGGGGGCCAUCACAAAAAAUGUUGGGUGAUAUGAAAUUUCUGGAAUCAUUGAAGACAUUCGAUAAGGACAACAUACCACCGCCAAUUAUUAAAAGGAUUCGAGAAAAAUACAUCUCAGAUCGUGAUUUCAUUCCGGAAAAAAUAAAAAGUGCAUCUACAGCCUGUGAGGGACUCUGCCACUGGGUGCGAGCCAUGGACGUUUACGAUAAAGUGGCAAAGAUUGUCGCUCCUAAAAAACUAGCUUUGGCAGAGGCCGAAGGCGAAUUAAGUUCACAAAUGGAAAAACUCAAUGCCAAAAGGGCCGAACUUCAAGAGAUCCUGGACAAAUUGCAAAAGCUAAACGAUUACUUUGCGGAGAAGUCACGCGAGAAAAAACGCCUUGAAGAUGACAUAGAUAAUUGUGAAAAACGAUUGAAUAGAGCGGAAAAGCUAUUGGGUGGACUGGGUGGCGAGAAGACCCGAUGGUCGGAAACGGCAAAUCGUUUGCAUGAAUCAAUUCACAAUAUUGUCGGCGAUGUGCUCCUGGCCGCCGGCUGCAUUGCGUAUUUGGGAUUUUUUCCAACUGAGUAUCGUGUAAAUAUACUCACUGAAUGGAAUUUACUUUGCAUAACGAAAAAUAUUCCAUGUACGGAAAAGUUUUUAUUAGCUGGAACUUUGGGAAAUCCAAUGCAGAUACGAGCUUGGUCGCUAGCUGGUCUACCAGCGGAUAAUUUUUCAGUGGAAAAUGCAAUUAUAGUAACAAAUGCCCAUCGGUAUCCUUUGAUGAUCGAUCCACAGGUUCAAGCCAACAAGUGGAUAAAAAAUAUGGAAAAGGAUAACGAUCUAAAAGUGAUUAAACAGAGCGACUACAAUUACAUGCGCGUUAUUGAGUUGGCCAUCAGUUAUGGUAAUCCGGUGCUGAUUGAGAAUGUUGGAGAAAAACUCGACUCCAAUCUCACACCUAUUCUUGAAAGAAACGUUAUUCGACAUAAAGGAGGCUAUGUCAUCAAAUGCGGUGAUCAAAUGAUUGAAUAUAAUCACAAUUUCCGUUUGUACAUAACCACCUGCUUACGGAAUCCCCUUUAUCCACCUGAAACAAUGGUCAUGGUAACCAUCCUCAACUUUAUGAUUACCGAACAAGGACUUCGCGAACAGCUGCUGGCAAAUGUCGUUGCACACGAACGUCCUGAUUUGCAAGAGAAGAAGGAGCAACUUAUAAUUGAAUCUGCGAAGAAUCGUGACGCUCUAUACAACAUCGAGUCGAAAAUCCUCGAGGUCCUUUCAACGUCCGAAGGCAAUGUGUUGGAAGACGAGAAUGCCAUCAAUAUCCUAUCGUCGAGCAAAAUCCUUUCUGAGGAAAUCCAAGAGAAGCAGAUUAUCGCAGUCGCAACCGAAACGGAAAUCGACGCAGCCCGCCAACAAUACAUCCCCGUGGCCAAGCACUCUGCCAUUCUCUUCUUUUGCAUCAGUGAAUUGGCCAACAUCGACCCAAUGUACCAAUAUUCCUUAGGUUGGUUUCUCAACCUCUUUGUGAAUGCCAUCCUCAAGGCACCCAAAUCCAAAGUUCUCGACGAGCGGUUGCGCCAUUUGAAUGAUUUCUUUACAAAGUCCAUCUAUGUGAAUGUGUGCCGGUCGCUCUUCGAAAAGGAUAAACUUGUAAUUUCGAUGGUUAUGUGCCUGGGGAUUCUUGUUUCGCAGGAUAAAAUAGAUAAAUCGCACUUGGUGUUUUUCCUGACUGGAGGCGUUGGCCUGAAGACUAUACCACCCAAUCCCGCACCCGGAUGGCUUCCCGAUAAGGCUUGGACGCAGAUUUUUCGAGCCAGUGACUUGAACGGGCUGAAUCAACUUCACAAAGAAUUUACCAACAACAUUGAUGAAUGGAAAAAUUUCUACGAUCUAUCAUCCCCCGAGUCAGCGACAUUCCCUAAACCUUAUGAAAAAGCUACAGAUUUAAUAAGUUUAAUUCUAUUAAAGUGCAUAAGGCCUGAUAAAGUCGUGCCAGCCAUUCGUGAUUUCAUAACACGAAAUAUGGAUCACUCAUUUGUCGAGCCACCACCCUUUGACCUGCAUUCAUCAUUUGCUGACAGUUCACCAACCACACCACUAGUAUUUUUAUUGUCCCCCGGAUCGGAUCCAAUGGCCAGCUUGUUUAUGUAUGCAAAGCAACGGAACAUGUAUGACAAGACAAAAACUAUUUCACUAGGUCAAGGCCAGGGACCUAGGGCAGAGAAAAUGAUAAUAGAAGCCAACCGUUAUGGACAUUGGGUUGUUUUACAAAAUUGUCACGUUGCCGUUAGUUGGAUGGGUGAACUUGAAAGGAUAUGCAACGAUGGUGUCCUUGCUGAAUCAGCACAUCCAGAUUAUCGUUUAUGGUGCACCUCAUAUCCAAGUGAAGUGUUUCCAGUGUCCGUUUUGCAAAAUUCAGUUAAGAUGACAAAUGAACCACCCAAGGGAUUGAAAAUGAAUAUGAUGAGAUCAUUUAAUUCGGAUCCCCUGGUUAGGGAUAAAUUCCUUUCGAAAGCGUUUAUUGGCAAACCGGAUGCACGAACAUGCUGGCUGAGGGGUGUAUUUGCUUUGGUAUUUUUCCAUGCAAUUGUUCAGGAGCGAAGGGAAUUCGGUCCAUUGGGAUGGAAUAUUCCGUAUGAAUUUAAUGAAUCAGAUUUAAAAAUAUCCUUACUGCAGCUAAAAAUGUUUUUAAAACAAUCCGACCAUAUCCCAUUCCAAGGACACAUUUAUUUAACCGGAGAAUGCAACUAUGGUGGUCGUGUCACUGAUGACAAAGAUCGUCGUCUAAUCCUUUCCCUAUUGAAUAAAAUCUACAAUCCUGAUGCCAUCGAAAUCGACAAUUAUCCCCUAUCACAAUCCGGUGACUACUGCAUACCGGAAAAUCCUACUCGCAUCGUCAGUGUCGACUAUAUUUCAAGCUUUCCACUUAGCCCACAACCGGAAGUUUUCGGUUUACACGAAAACGCUGAUAUAAAUCGGAAUAAUAAGGAAACGAAUAGUCUUCUUCAGGGAGUCCUCUUGACACAAACUGAACUGUUGGCAUCGACAAGAGCAUCGUCGGCCACAGAUACAACCGAGGAUCCUGCAUACCAUGUAUGUAAGGAGAUCCUAAGCCGUUUACCACAACCCUACGAUAUUGAAGGGGUUUCCCACAAAUAUCCUGUUGUUUAUACGAAUUCCAUGAAUACGGUUCUACGCCAGGAGCUCAUAAGAUUUAAUCGACUCUUGGAUUAUCUCCGGAAAAGUCUUGUUAAUAUACAAAAAGCUGUUCAAGGACAAAUUGCGAUGAUUCCAGAAUUGGAAAGAGUUCAUUCAUCGAUGAUAGUUGGAAAAUUACCUGGAGCCUGGUUGUCGAAGAGCUAUCCAUCGCUGAAGCCACUUGGGAGCUAUAUUAGUGAUUUUUUGGCAAGAUUGGAAUUUUUCCAAAGAUGGAUUGACCAAGGCGAACCCACUGUCUAUUGGCUAUCGGGUUUCUAUUUCACCCAAUCAUUUAUCACCGGAGUCCUGCAGAAUUAUUCCCGCAAACAUCGUUAUCAAAUUGAUUUAAUCGGUGUUGAAUUCCAUGUGACUGACUUUGAAACAGAUCUAGACGAAUCUCCGGAAGUGGGAGCAUACGUAAAGGAGCAGAAGGCCAAUAAUGAGGACACAAUUUCCUUUGACGGCCUAUUCCUGGAGGGCGCCCGCUGGAAUCGAGAACUUAAAUGCUUGGAUGAAUCGUUUUCGAAAAUACUGUUUGAUACUCUGCCAAUUAUCUUGAUGAUGCCAGUCCUCAAGUCUGAAACUGGAGUUGAUAUUGUUGGUGGCAAAGACACUGGCAGUGAUGAUGAUGAUGAUGGUGGGGAAACCAAGUUAUCCAGCUUGAAGACCUACUACGAUUGCCCCAUCUAUAAAACAAGCGAACGCCGGGGUGUACUGUCCACAACAGGACAUUCCACUAACUUUGUUAUGUACAUUCAACUGGAGAGCAAACUUAGUUCUACGCACUGGAUAAAUCGAGGCACUGCUUGUCUCUGUCAACUGGACGACUAAUUGACUGUGAAAUCACCGAUAUCAUCCGAGAGAAUGUCCUUUCGAAAUGGACAGAAACAGGACACUAGGUAUUAUUGUUGCGAAGUCAAAGUGGAGAUUGAAGAAGCAUAUCAGUUCGAUUGGAAAAAUACAACAUUUUUUUCUAUGUCUUCUAUGUUUGUUCAUAAAUAUAUACAAUAUACAUUUAUUUUGCU